UUAAAAAUGUCUCCGCUAUUUGAUUUUACGGAGAUGUCGCAUUACCAAGCAAUUGUCGCGGACGCUUUCGGUGAUACUUCCAUAAAUUCCUGAAAUAUUUAGUAUAUUCAAUAUCUUUACCCCAUUGCAUAGAAUCCUACCAAUAACAAUGAGAGUUUCUGUACUAUAUUCUAUUCUUUUGACGCCAUUGUUGGUGUUUGGUAAUAUAGUGAAAUUUGAUAAUGGAGUGAAUUCUCAAAUAUGUUCAGGAAUGUAUGCUAAAUCUGAUUGGGGAGGAUCUAAGAAACCCUUAAUUGAUAUAACUUUAACUCAAUUUGGUAAUGAAAAGUAUAAUCCUAAAAGUGAUAAUGGAGCUGAAGAACAUGAAGAAGAUAUAUCUGUUAGUUAUAUUAUUUUUGAAUAUAAAGAUAUAGGUAAUAUUGGUAUUGAUAUUGGAGAUGGUCAACAACAAUAUAUUUGUGAUGAUUAUGCUAUAGAAACUUUAGGAAUUUGUGAAGCAAGUCAUAAAGGUAAUUUCUUAUUAAAUACAAAUAUUACUAAUACUACUAUUUUAACUUCUAAAUUAGUUCACUUUGGUGAUGCUAAAAUAAAUUAUGCUAUUAAUACUACUGGUUAUUAUUGUGUAUCAACUUUUAGUCAAUAUGAUAAAGAAUAUAAAGGUAAAAUUAAUUUUCAAAAUGCCUUUGGUGAACUCAGUGCAAGUGAAAUUCCUAAAUUACCAGCUUAUGGUAUUUUAACAUUAUGUUAUGCCAUUACUUUAGCUUUAUUUGGAUUCCAAUUCUUUAAAAAGAGAAAGCAAAAUCAAAUUUUACCAUUGCAAAGAUAUUUAUUAGCAAUGUUAGGAUUCUUAACAUUUGAUACUAUAGUAGUAUGGUCUUAUUAUGAUUUGGUUAAUAGAACUGCUAACCCUUCAAAUGCAUUUGUUAUCUUUUACAUGAUAUUUCUUUCCUUAUUAAAUGCUGGUAAAAUUACAUUUUCAUUUUUCUUAUUAUUAUGUAUUGCUUUAGGAUAUGGGGUUGUGGUAUUAAAAUUAGAUAAGAAAGUUAUGUUAAAAUGUAAAAUAUUAGCUGGUUGUCACUUUUUAGCUUCAACCUUAUAUUUAAUUACUACAUAUUACAAUGGUUCAUCAAACUCUUUAACAGUUACAACUAAUAUUGAUGAUAAUAUUGGUAAUGGAUUUCUUGGAUUAUUACCAUUAAUUCCUGUGACUAUUACUUUAGCAACUUAUUAUGUUACUAUUUUAGCAUCUAUAAGAGCUACUACUGCUAAUUUACAUAAACAACGUCAAGUAAUUAAAUUACAAUUAUAUGAAAACUUGUUUAGAAUUAUAUUCUUUUCAGUUAUUUUAACAUUUAUUGGUUUAAUUGGAUCAUCUCUCAUAUAUUUGAGUAUGUCAACCAUUGAAAUGAUAGAACAACAUUGGAAAGGUGCAUUUUUCAUAUUUGAAUUCUGGCCUAGUGUAGUUUUCUUCUUUGUAUUUAUGGGAGUUGCUUGGUUAUGGAGACCUACAGAAACAAGUUAUAUGUUAGCUAUUUCACAACAAUUAUCAGGAGGAGAUGAUGAAGAGGGACAAAAUCCUAACGGUCAUGAAUUUGAAUUAGAUGAUUUAUCAUUAAUGAGUCAUAGUGAUGAUGAACAAGGAGCUAGAAGAGAUAGUUUUGAAUUAUCAGAAGAUAUACCUCAAAACCCAUUUGUAUCCAAGAAGGAUCCACCUCCUGGAUAUGAUGAGUUAGAUAAUGAAAAUGGUUCGACUGGAGAAAAUGGUAAUACCUUAUUUGAAUUGGGUGAUGAUGAAGAAACUGAUAUUCUUAAUCAAAAUCAUGAACAAAAUGGUAAUGAACAAGAUCAUGAUGAUGUUGAUCUUGACAAUGACGAAGACGAAGACGACAAUUUUACAGCCCACGAAGACGACAGAUUGACUUAGGUCUCUUACUCAGUCCCAGUAUAUAGAACUGCCAUCCCGUAUAGAUUCUACAGAGACCAGAUAGCGUCGUUUAAAAAUAUAAUGUAACCCAUAUGGUGAAGGUAAUGCACGCGUAACUGUAGAUAUUUUAAAUACACGAACAAAAA